CGCUGCUUCUCGCUAACACAGCAAUGUCCUCCUUCUUUACAGUACCCGCGUCGCAGCGGAAACGGAAAAGAGCCUUAACCACCUCCACAGCCUCAAAAAAGCGCAAUGUAGCACCGGCUACUUCUCAAUCCACGCGAGCUCCCCGCCGCACCGAACGGGAAGAGUCGAUAUCUGGAAGCGAUAUUUCAGAAGACGAAAAGGGCGCUGGCUUUUUCGAAGACCAGGACGAGUCGGAGACUUCAGCGGACGAGCACGAGACAGCAGCCGAAAAGCGCCUGAGGCUAGCAGAACAGUACCUCGAGAGCAUCAAGAACGAAGUACAGGAAGACGUAGGCUUCGAUGCAGCGGAUGUCGACCGGGACUUGAUCGCCCAAAGGCUGAAGGAAGACGUUGCUGAGACCAAAGGCAAAAUCUACAGGAACAUUGCGGAAGGAUUGGACUUCGAAGAGACCCCACACGUCUUUGGGAAGUCCGGUCUUCAAAAAGCGAUAACAGGAUGUGCGCUCCGGUUACCUUAUGCAUGGACAGUCAGUAAAGACCUCGUAGUGGAGAAGUGGGAAAUUGCAGAUCCGAAAGUAUAUAAUGCGACGGACCCGAGCCAGCGAACGAACAUCACACCGAGAAGAACACCAAAACGAUUGUUCUGGCGGAAAGGGAAUAAGAACAAGAAGGGCGAUAAAGACUAUCUGGGUCACACUGGCGAAAUCAUAUCCAUUGCAGUCUCAGACUCCGGGAAAUUUCUCGCCACCGGAGACAAGCAUGCCCGUCUAAUCAUCUGGGACGCAAACACGUUGACGCCACGCAAGCUUUUCACACGACAUCGAGAUGCCGUGACCUCGCUCUCGUUUCGGAGAGGCACAGAGCAGCUUUUCUCCGGAGGCGCGGAUCGAGCAGUCCUGGUCUGGAGUGCGCCAGAGUCUGCUUACAUUGAAACCCUGCAUGGACACGAAGAUACCGUCGUCGGGGUUGCAGGCGGACUAGAGGUGAACCAAGAAACCUGUGUCAGUGUUGGUGCACGAGACCGUUCUGCAAGAUUAUGGAAAGUGGUUGAAGAAAACCAGCUAGUGUUCCGCAGUGGCACGUCUACGAGACACAAAGGCAUGGACAAGUUGAAGAAGGGCCGAUUUGGCGGCGCGACAAACGAAGAAGAGAAGAUAAACGGAGCUCGCGAUGAUGUCCCUAUUGCGUAUGCUGAAGGAUCCGUAGACUGCGUUGCUCUUCUGGACGCACAACUCUUCGUCACAGGCUCUGACAACGGAGCGCUGUCGCUGUGGGCUGUCAACAGAAAGAAGCCACUGUACACUCUUCCCCUCGCGCAUGGACGCGAUCCUUCCAUCCCACCCGAGGAGAUGUUUGCCGAUGACGACGUAGCAACAUCACGCAAAAGCGGCCCGCGAUUGGCGAGAUACAUCACGGCACUCGCGACAGUGCCCUUUGCCGACUUGAUCUUGACAGCGAGCUGGGAUGGAUGGAUAAGAGCAUGGCGCGUGGGGCCGGACAAGCGCACGAUUGAGCCGAUGGGCAAGGUUGGUCGAAUCCCUGUGGAUGAAGACGAGAGCAUUACUAUGAAUGGCAAUGUAGAUGGUGAGGACGACUCCAUCAUUAUUCGAGGGAUAGUAAAUGGGCUGUCAGCCCAGGAGAGAGGAGAACGCGGCAAGGAAGGCUUGUGCAUUGUGGCCGCCGUCGGAAAGGAGGCCAGGCUAGGGCGUUGGAUGUCUGGAAAGGUUCCGAAUGGGAUCUAUGUGUUCGAAGUGCCGAAGAAGGUUGUUGCCAAUGCCACAACGGAAGCGCUGGGCUCAGAAAACGAGGACAAGGACUAAGGCAAUGCUCGGCUCCUCUCUAUCUAUACCAUGAAUG